ACUAAAAAUCUCCAAAACUGAGAAGGAACCAGCACCAACUGAUUCCUUAAGGACCUCCACUGCAGCAAUCAAUUUCAGCUCAUCCCUUUGCAAAUAAGAAGACAGAAUGAAACACUCGACCUUUUCUACAGUCUUAGUUUUCCUCUCAUUUGUUUGUACUGCUUUUCAGACACUUGACGGUGAAAUAUUUUUAAUAUACAAUGAGGAUAUUAAGCUCUGUUUAAGUGCUCAGAGUUCUGAGGCAGUCACUACAGCCACGUGCAAGAAAAACACUGACUUACAAAAAUUCAGGUGGGUCUCUGAUCAUCAGCUGAUGAGCGUGGCAUUUGCACAAUGUUUGGGAGUGCCCUACAAGCAAAACCAUGCUAAAAUUUCUCUGUACCCAUGCAACAAGAAAAGUGAAUUCCAGAAAUGGGAAUGCAGAAAUGAGACCUUGGCAAUCCAAGGCGAAGAUUUCUUUCUCAGUGCUGGCAAAAAAGGAGAAAACAUUGUGCUGAAAACAGGAUCAGAGACAAUGAAUAAAUGGAAGAUCUAUGGAACUAUGGAUGAUUUGUGUUCUCGAGGCCAUGAAGAUCUGUUUACACUGUUAGGAAAUUCCAACGGAGCUCCGUGUACCUUCCCCUUCCAGCUGAGUGGUAGAUGGUAUGUCGAGUGCACUGCUGCUGGCAGGUCAGAUGGCUUGCUCUGGUGUGCAACAACACCCGACUUCAACGUGGACCAUUUGUAUGGGUUCUGUCCAACUGCCAACAAUGACAGAUUUUGGAGUACAGAUCCUUUGACAGGAACCUACUACCAGAUAAACUACCAGUCAGCUCUCACAUGGCACCAAGCAAGGAAGAGCUGUCAGCAACAGAAUGCAGAAUUACUCAGUGUUACAGAGAUACAUGAACAUAUGUAUCUAAGAGAUUUGAUUGACAGCAAGAGAUCCUCUCUCUGGAUUGGGCUUAACAGCCUGAAUCUCAACAGUGGCUGGCAGUGGAGUGGUGGCAUUCCCUUCAGAUACUUUAACUGGGCACCAGGAAGCCCUGAGCCUGAGUCUGAAAAACUCUGUGCAGUACUAAAUCCCAGAAGAGAUGCUAAAUGGGAAAACAAGCCAUGUGAUCUGAAACUUGGCUAUAUCUGUAAAAAGGAAAACUCUACAAUGGAUCCUUUCAUUCUUUCAUCAGGGAAUGCAGAGCCUGUUAAAUGCCCAGAAGGAUGGUUACCCUAUGGAGGUCACUGUUUCAUGGUUCACAGAGACCCCAAAGAAUGGAGAGAAGCCCUAAUUUCCUGCAAUGAGAGCAAUGGCAAUCUGGCCAGUAUCCACAACCCUGAGGAGCAUGGCUUCAUACUGUCUCAGCUUGGCUACCAAGCUUUGGAUGAGCUGUGGAUUGGCCUGAAUGACCUCAAAACUCAAAUGUACUUUGAGUGGAGUGAUGGGACUCCUGUUACAUAUACCAAAUGGUUGCCUGGAGAACCAACCCAUGAAGUCAAUGGGCAAGAAAAUUGUGUCAUUAUGGCAGGAAAGGAUGGAUACUGGGCAGACAAUGCCUGUGACAGAAAGUUAGGUUACAUCUGCAGAAGGGGCCCACUACAAGGAGUUUCUGAAACAGCAAAGACUGAUCCUGCCUGCCUGAAGGGCUGGAAAAGACAUGGUUUUUACUGCUACCUAGUUGGACAUACCUCUGUAACAUUUUCAGAAGCAAAGAAAACCUGUGAAAGGAGCAAUGGUUAUUUAACAAGUAUAGGAGACAGAUAUGAGCAAGCCUACCUAACCAGCCUCACUGGUCUGAGCUCUGAGAAGUAUUUUUGGAUUGGUCUCUCAGACAAAGAAGAACGAGGGAGUUUCAAGUGGGUGACUGGUGAAGGUGUUCUGUACACAAACUGGAACGCAGCAAUGCCUGGGAGUGAAGCUGGUUGUGUUGCCCUAAGGACUGGAAAUGCAGCUGGACUAUGGGAUGUUCAGAACUGUGAAGUAAAGGCAAAAUUUCUCUGCAAAAAAUUAGCUGAAAAAGUCACUGUUCCUCUUAUUCCUGAAACCAUUUCUUCCAAAUGUCCCUUGGGUUGGGAUACAAGCAAUAGCACUAAUGCAUGCUUCAGAGAUUUUGUGAGAGAAAGAAACCAAAAGAAAACAUGGUUUGAAGCCCGAGAUUUCUGCAGAGAAAUAGGAGGAGACCUGGCUGCCAUUAGUAGUGAAAAAGAGCAAACAGUGAUAGAAAACUUAAUAAAAAAAAAAUUGCCAUCAUCUCAGCCUUUCUGGAUAGGUUUGCAGUGUUUGGAUCCUGACGGUGGGCUUUCCUGGAGUGACGGAUCACCGGUGAAUUAUAAAGCAAAGGAUUAUUUUUACAAUACUGCAUUUGAAUAUUGUGGAGCGAUCACAGAAGACCGUUCAUGGAUUAUGGAGCACUGUGAAUACAGUCAUAACUGGAUUUGUGAAAUAAAGAAAGGGACAACCUUGAAACCAGAACCUCUGGGCCCUUCUGCCACAUAUGAAGUCACAGAAGAUGGCUGGAUUAUAAAAGGAGACAAACAAUAUUUUUUCAGCCCAGAAAAGAUUUCUAUGGAGAAAGCCAGAACAUUCUGCAAAAACAAUCAUGGAGAUCUUGCUACUAUUGGAAAUAAUAAUGAAAGAAAAUUUUUGUGGAAAUAUAUCCUAAAAAACGGCAAACUGGACUCGUAUCUCAUAGGAUUAAUUCAGAAUGCUGAUCAACAGUUCAGUUGGUUGGAUGGAAGCCCAGUGCACUAUGCAGCUUGGGCACAGGGUGAGCCUAACUUUGCAAGAGCUCAGGAAAAUUGUGUGGUCUUAAAUAAAAAGGAUGGCUUGUGGAAUGAUGUCAGUUGUGGCUUCCCCAAUGGUUAUAUCUGUGAGAGGCAGAGAAGUUUUAUAAGUGCAACACUUCCUUCAGAGGUACCUUCACCUCCUGGAGGAUGUCCUGCAGAUUGGCUGUUAUUUAAAAAUCAGUGCUACAAAUUUUUUGGUUCUUCCUAUGAUUACUGGUUUACUGCAAGAAGGACUUGUAUGAGCCUUGGAGGAAACCUGGCAAGCAUACAUAAUGAACAAGUACAAGCUUUUCUCACUUACCAUUUGAAGGAUGUUUCAAAUGAUCCUUGGAUUGGCUUGAAUGACCUACUCAGUGAACUCAACUUUGUUUGGGCUGAUGGAAGUGCUGUCUCAUACACAAACUGGGCUCCAGAUUCCCCAAAACUCGUAGAACCUGUUUUGUUUGACAGUCUACAUCCAGAAGAUGGCAACCAUCUGCAACAGUUUGAUUGUGUUUCUCUGAAGAGAGGACCUGCUGAUGACACGGGAAAAUGGAACAAUGAGGAGUGUUAUAACUCGAGAGGGUUUAUAUGCCAGAAGAAUAGUGAUCCUGAAAUCUUUCAGCCAUCAGCAACAGUGCUGGACUUUGCUUCUGACCAUUCUAGUGGCAUUAGCUAUUCUGUCACCCGUUUCAAAAUGAACUGGGAGGAAGCACAGAAAAGCUGCAAUAACAAUGCCUCAGAACUUGCCAGCAUUUUGGACCCUUAUAGCCAGGCACUGUUGUUCUUACUUGCACAGGAAUAUGGAGAGCCUCUGUGGAUUGGUCUUAACAGCAACACGACGAAUGGCAAGUAUCAAUGGAUUGACAGAUGGAGAUUAGUUUACAGCAAGUGGUCCAGCGGAGAACCAAAACAGACAUUAGCAUGUGUCUACCUAGACACUGAUGGCACCUGGAAGACAGCUUCUUGCAAGGAAAAACUCUUUUCUGUCUGUAAAAAAUCAGACGUAAUGGCCCCUACUGAGCCCCCACAACUUCCUGGAAAAUGCCCUGAGUCAAGAGGACACAAAUCUUGGAUACCUUUCCAUGGUCACUGCUACUACUUUGAGGCCUCCAAGAAAAGAAGCUGGUCUCAAUCUCAUCAGGAAUGUGCCCGGCUAGGUGCUGAUUUGGUAUCAGUAGAAGACUAUCCUGAAGCAAACUUUCUGGCAAACACCAUUAAGAUACUCCAUGGAAAAUCACCGAACUUUUGGACAGGGCUAAAGAAAAAUGACAGAGGCCAAUGGGUAUGGACAGACAAAUCUGCAAUGGAUUUUGUCAACUGGCAAAUGGGAGAACCUUCAAACAAAAGACAUAAAUACUGUGGAGAAAUAUGUGCAUUUUCUGGCUUCUGGAUAACCAAUGUCUGUUCUUUCAAAAAAGGAUAUAUCUGCAAAAAACCAAAAACUCCUGCAAGCACAGAGGUGUCAACAGAAAAUAUAGAUGAGAAAACGGAGAAAGUACUUUCCACCGGGGUCAUUUGGCUGUUCGUUCUUCUAGCUCUUUCUAUAGUUGGGGCUGGAAGUAUAAUUUAUUUCUACUUGAGGAGGAAAAGACAAAACCUGCCACAUGUUUCAACCAGAAUGAGUGGAUCAGAAGGAACUGUGGAUAUUCAAGAAAAAGAUGCACAUACUGGCAUGUAGUCUGACCAAAUGGCUACAUGUUCUGAUUAACAAAAACCAGGCUAUGGAUCAGUGAAAUCUUCACGUUUUCCUAGUCUCCUCUCAGUCUCCUCUCUCCUCAAAUACAAAGUUCAUGGAUUUAUAUAAAUACACACACAUAUAUAUGCCUUCCAAAA